AUGCAGCAGGAGGAGAUCCAUCCAGGGCGUCUUUUUCUGUCCCACCUCUUGCUUUGUCCAUAUCUGGGCUUGUGGACGCAUGAGCUCCCAUUCGCCCACUGGUUCAUUUGGGACCAGGCUUCCCCUUCGCGCUCAUGCACCCACACGGGCAGCUGCGCUCUCGGGCUGGACCGUGGCGUCGUCGCUGGAGCCUCUCAUGUUCAGGUGGAGCCUACCUACAGGAUGCCCAAACGUCGCCGUCACCAGCGCCAGUCAUUGGUGGAGCGGAGACAAUGGUGCGCCCAAAAACUGAGUGGGAAAUUUUCUGAAUGA